AUGAGCAGCCCCCACGCCCAGAAAGCCCAGGAGGCGCAGCUACUUUCUACCGCCCAGGCCCAAAUGCAUUUGGGCUUGAGUGCCGCGCAGCAAACCCAGCUCUUGGACUAUCUGGAUUUGCUGGAAAAAUGGAAUCGGGUCUACAACCUCAGCGCCCUGCGCACGCGCGCACAAAUGCUCAGCCACCAUGUUUUGGAUUGUUUGGCCAUUAUCGGCCCCUUGCGCCAUUGGGCCCAAGCCCAGGGUUUAGAGCAGGUUCGGGCUUUAGAUGUCGGCUCGGGUGCGGGCUUGCCAGGUUUGGUCAUCGCUAUUUGUCAGCCCCACUGGUCCGUCAGCUGCGUAGAUACCGUAGGCAAAAAAGCCGCCUUUAUCCAACAAGCCAUUGCCCAUUUGCAUCUGCCGCAGGCCCAGGCGCAUCAUGCCCGGGUAGAGGAUUUGCCCGGCCCCUACGACUUGAUCACCAGUCGCGCUUUUGCC